CCAUGUUUAGCUGACCUUAUUUCGUGAUAGUCAGCAGAUUUGUGUUUUCUCACCGUAAUGCUGACGCGCAGUGGUUAAAGCUGAUCUCUUCAUCAAGAACUUGCCAAUGAACCUCUUUACACUGUCACUGCAUCUUGUGCUUGCUAGAAAUUCUGGAGACAUCACCAGGGCAGUGUACCACUGUAUUUAGCCACUACUCGGUCAUCGCAGCAAGCCUUCACAAACGACCAAUAGUGACAGAGCUCAAACCGCGCCUUAUCCAACCGACACCUCGCUCAUCCAGCAACACUCACCAGCAUGUCACUACGCACCGCCACUGCCACCGUCUCGCCGCCUGCCCGUCCAUGCCUCCCGCCGUGCCAUCACCACGGUGCGCUCCCGCACGCGGCUGCAGCACCAACGAGCGCUCUUCGGCGCCUGCCACGCCUCGUCAGCGUUGGCGCCGGGCGCGCGGAUAGAGCCGUCUGCCGCGUGAGGCGGCGGGUGCGGUACGACGACGAGGAAGAGGACGAGGAGUGGGGGCACAACGCGGACGUCGCGAGGCUGGAGCGGUACAGCGAGGGCGCGCGCGACCAGGCACUCCUGGUGAAGGCCCGGGUGGACGACCAAGUCGAAGUCGUGCUCGUCUUCAAGGGCUUCUCGUCGAGCUUGAGCGGGGGCACGGCCGCGGAUCCGGCGAGGAGCGUUCUGCCGGAGAGGGCGAUCAUACAGUCGGUAGACGUUGUGAAGGGCCCGUUUGACCCCAACAACAUCGAGUACCUAGAGAAAGGGCUGGCAUGGGACGACUUCAGGAGCCGCCUCCAAUAACAAGAUAAUUUCCAUGCAAAUAUUGUACGCUGCCGUGAUCUUCGUUGACUCAAGAAAUUGUGAUCGCUGCCUGCAUGUUAUGUCGUUGUUAAGGUUUUUCUUCUUCGC